AUGAUUUACUCUAUCUGGAAUGUCAGGGGCCUGAAUGACCAUGGCAAAGUUGCCUCUGUAAAGAGGUUGCUUCAUUCUCAUUCAGUUGAUGUUAUUGGCCUUCUUGAAACAAAAGUCAAAUCAAAAAAUGUUUUCACUUACCAAAAGAAGUUUGGCUCUUCUUGGCUUUGGGUGUGCAAUUAUGAUCAUUCUCCUAAAGGAAGGAUUUGGCUUGGUUGGAAUGCAGAUAGAGUAACUGUCAAUGUCUUAAAGAUUCAUGAGCAGUUUAUACAUUGUAGUGUCCUUUUUAAGGAUCUUUCUACUCAAAUUCAUCUCACUGUUAUCUAUGGGCUUCAUUCUAUUCAUGAUAGGCUUCCUAUGUGGGAAGGGAUUAGGAACAUCUCUAUUCAGCAUUCUCCAUGGCUCUGUGUAGGUGAUUUUAACUCUGUUCUUCAUACUUCAGACAGGCUUCAUGGUACUAAUGUCACUGAUUAUGAGACUAGAGAUUUCCAGAGUUUUGUUGAUGAUUUGGACCUCACUGAGGUCAAGAGCAAAGAAACUUUUUACCCUUGGUCAAAUAAGGCUCACACUGGUCCUAGAACUCUUUCUAGGAUUGAUAGAGUCUUUGCUGGGAAAGGUAGACCUUUCAGGUUUCUAAACUGUAUUGCUGAUCAUCCUGAUUUCCUUGAUACUGUUUCUCAGGCUUGGUGUUCUGGUGGUUCUGUCUGGCAGAAGCUUAAUUCUGUGAAGUCUAGUAUCAAGUCUCUUAAUAGCAAGCAGUUUGGCUACAUUGUUGAGAAGAUUGAUCAAGCUAAUGUUGUCAAACACUGGAAUGAUAUUCAAGAAAGCAUCUUCAAACAAAAGUCUAGGAUCAACUGCAUUAAGCUUGGAGAUGGCAAUUCCCAUUAUUUUUUCUCUGUGAUGAAGAAUAGAAAAGCAAGGAACAGAAUUGACUCCAUCUUUGACUCUAACCAGGUUUUGCUUAAGGAUUCGGAUGCUAUUUCUCAUGAGAUUAUCUCUUUCUAUAAGUCUCUUUUAGGGACUCAGGCUCCUUGGCUUCCUGUUGUUGAUCUUGUUACUAUGAGGAGAGGUAAACAGCUUAGCUCUGUUUCUCAGAGCUAUCUCAUUCAGCCUGUUUCUCAUGCUGAAAUUGAUGCUGCUCUUAAGGGAAUUGAUAGCACUAAAGCUCCUGGUAUUGAUGGCUUUAACUCCUUUUUCUUUAAUAGAGCUUGGCAUAGUGUGAAAGAUGUUAUUUAUGCUAGUGUUAUUGAUUUCUUUACUAAAGGGAACUUGCCUAAGCAAUGGAAUUGCACAACUAUCACUCUUGUUUCUAAAAUCCCUAAUGCUUCCCAUGUUAAGGAUUUUAGACCUAUAGCUUGUUGCACUGUGGUUUAUAAGCUCAUUUCUAAGGUCAUAACUGCUAGACUUGCUGCUAUCACUGGUGAGGUCAUUGAUGAUGCUUAA